AAAUGUAAACACUUAACUUUUUGUAACCGUGACCAUUUCACCUAGAAUUUAAUCACUUCUCAAAUAUGUACCGUUCCACUAAUUUCUAUGAUGGUUCAUUCUGUAGUUUUCACUUAAUCCUGUGAUUUUUUGGAAUUCCAAUGACUUUGACCAUCAUUUUGAUCUAUUAAUCUCAAAAUUUGGUCACCUUCUCCUUAUAAAUACACUCCACUAAAGUUUAUGAUGAUCCGUUGUUUUUACAUACUCAUACAACAAACAGACAAAUAGACUGAAAAAUAGUAAAUCCAUACGGUAACCUGGGGGAGGUAUAAUAAUAAUAAUAUUAGUAGUAAUACUAUAGCAGCAGUAGUAUUUUAGUAAUAAUAAUAACAACAUGAAUUUGGUGAUGCUCAGGACAGUGAUUAUAAAAACAAUGACAUUGAAUUCUGGACACAUCACAAGUAACAUCAUAAUAAAGACUAUCAAACAUAAAAUAUGUAAACCAGAACUUAUUGAAACAACGUGUAAUGAGCAAAAUGAGAUGAAAAUGUAUAUAUUAAAACAAAAUCUUAUAACAUUAUUUUAUUAUUUCAGGAACACAGUUAAUAGUGCCACUGGUUGUGUCUGGUAUUUUUAAUUUAACUAUGCUGAUAUUAAUUGUGGUUUACUUGAAAUCAUCGUGUACCACAGAUAGACAAGAAGUUAGCGGUAGCCGAGAAGAAAGGCUUCUAAUGGUAGAAGUACAAAUUGAUAUAGGCAUCAGUGACCAUGUCAUCGAACUAUUGGUUAAUAAGAUAGGCAAGGAUUACCAUACUAUUGGAAUCGCUUUGGAAUUGACUCAAGAACAAUUAGAACAAAUUGAUAUGAACAACAAGCAUGACGUUAGAGACGCUGUUCGAAGCAUGCUGUUUGCAGCACGUCGAAAGCAUGCUUCUAAUAAACAAUGUGAAGAGUUUAUCAAAGCAUUCAAAAAAUGCAAUAGACAAGAUCUUACCGAUAUCAUAAUAAACGAUGCAAAGGAAAGAGGUGUGGAUUUACCAAUUGCCACUCCAGAAAACGGAACCGAUAAGUGUCUCAAAUACACAACUGAGGAGUCAGAAUAGCGUUCAACAAACCCCUCAUUUUAUAGUUGCUCAUAGGCUACUUGAUAACCACCGGCAUCAAUUCGAUUUUGUUAAAUUCUACUCAUAAUAAAAAUGUCUCGUUUUGUAAAUUAUAAAAUAAAAUAUCAACAGUAAAUUUUAUUAAUAGCAACAGUUUCUUUUUCAUUUACGAGUGACCUCUUUUCAAGAAAGGUAAACAUAUUAUGAUGUAGGCGGUGUGAGGUUUUUAAGAUUUUUAGUUGUGCGUACUACUUUAUUAGGCCACACAAAUAUCGGUGGAUCAAAUGACAGUUAAAAAAAACAACCCUAAACCACUUGCAUAAUUUAUAAAACAAUAAUCAUAUGAAGUUAAUAUUUAUUUUAAUAGAGUAGGUCUAUUCCGUCUAUCGUUGCUUUACCAAAAACUAUCCAACUUAACUCAACUAUAAACUUAGCAGGUUGACCUAAAUUUGAAAUACUUUGUAAAAUGUAGAUAUACAUUGUUUUUUUUUUUCUUCAUCUGUCAGGUUUGCUAAGUAUUUUAGAGUAUACUUCGCUUGCGCAGGUGUGCCCAUGCUGUGGUAGUGUAAUUUUUCUGUAAAAUGGAAUGUGUUAAGGUUCAUUUUAGUUCAUUUCAUUUGACAGGGAUGCCAAGUACAGUGUGAGUGUGUUUUAUUAGGGAGUUGUUAAUUGGACCUAUAUAUGUUUAAUGUAAUUUUGACCCAUUUAUUUUAGAUGUAGCAUUGUCAACUAAGUACACAGUACAUGUAAAACGCUAGUUUUGCAGUAUAGGUCUACUCAUGCUCCUAUCAUGAGCCUAUCUUUAGUUUGUUUAGUACAAAUGAUUUGAAUUUGAUAAUUUUAAUGCUUUUUAGACUUUAAUAUUCUGUAUGGUGCUAUUUUUUAUAUACCUUUUAUAUGUAAUUGACGGAAAUAUGUUGAUUUAAUGGUGAUUAAAUGAAACACACUUCAAUAAGAUAUUUUUUAACAGGUAUAAAUUCUUACUACUGUUUAUGAGUUCUUAGGCUACAUUUAACUAUUAUUAAUUAUCUAUACAAUAAUUUGAUUUAUUUAAUUAACGCAGAAAUAAUGCAGGAAUAUAAUUUACUGUAAUAGAUAUAUAGGCUUACACUUCAUGCAAUUAAUUGCACAUAUAUUUUUUUUCAGGAACAUGGUAUUAAUGUAAGACCUAUGUUGAUUUUAUUGCUUUAUACUAAAUACGUCUUCGUUUCAUUUUAUAAUGUACGGUAUAUAUUUUUUUUCAUUCUUAAAUUUUAUAUUCAAUUAAUUAUUAAUGCUCUUUAUAUUAUACGUUUUGCUACGGCUUCUCCCUAUUGUUUAACAAGCCUUUUAGGGUUCAAGAGGGUUUGUUUUUGUCAGCUGUUUUCGAUUUUGUUGGUUCAUUUUAUACUUUUAGCUAUUUUGACAAAUUAAAAAAAAUGAUGUAUUGUAUUGUUUUGGUUUGGUUGAUUAUCAUAGAUUAUAAUUUACGACUGAUGAUUAUGAUUAUUAUCUGAUUAUUAUGAAACUAUACUAAAUAAUUUCAUCAGGUUUCAAAUAUAAAUAUAUGUAUAAUGUAUAAAAAUAAUUUUUACAUGAAUAUGUCUAAUAAUAAUAAUUUUAUUUAUAUUCUAUUUGAUAAUACACAAAACAUUUGAUUUAUGUUUAAUUGUUCUUUCGAUUAUUCCAUUUUCUUAAAUGCCUUGUCAUUUAAAAUAUUAAUCCUAAUAUUUUGUAAUCUGACAUCAUGCUUUUAGAAGCUUUUUAGAGUUUUUUUUUUGUUGUUGCUUAUUUUAUUGUGUCUUUUUCAUUGUUGAAUGACACGCUUUAAAAACAUUGAUGAAUACUAUUUUAAUGAUAUGAUUUAUUGAUUGCUAUAUUAUAUUUGAUAUGAUAGCAUAGUGAGUAAAUUUGAAGUACAGUGAUUGGUGAUGGUAAUGAACUGCAACAUUCCUAGGCCUAUGGCUACUUGGUAAUUAUUUGUUAUUUGUCAUUCGUCCAAAUAAAAUAAACUAAAACCUUGAUUUAUAUAA